AUGGGCAACUCCGGCGAACUUCCGGCGCCCCUGCCGGAGGACAUCAUUCGCGAAAUUCUCCACCGUCUGCCGGUGAAAUCCCUUGUUCGAUUCAGCAGCAUAAACAAUUCAUGGCGAAAGCUACUCCUGUCAGAUCAAAGUUUCGUGUACUCCCACCUUGAACAUGCAACAAACAACAACGUCAAUCGCCUCACCGAUGUUUUGAUCUACAGCAACUGCUACCCUGAUUAUCUCCCAACUUCCACAAUCUCGGACGUGGAGACAUCGUCGUCAAGCUCAAGAACACGGAAAGGGCUGUUUCUGUGGAACCCAGCGCUGCGAGAGUGCCGGGCUCUUCCUACCUGGGCGGACAGGUGGUUUCCUGAUUUAGACUUCAUAGUUUUCGGCUAUGAUUGUCGGAAUCAAGACUACAAAGUCCUGAAAAAGCAUAGGGGUUUGAAACGGGCCGAAUUAUACAGCCUGAAUCGAAACUCCUGGAAGUUAAUCAGUUGCGACGGUCUCUCCGUCAAGAACAAACCGGAGCGCUUCACUCCACCUUCCCUGGAACUCGACGGGCGACUGUACUGGAUCUCUGAGUGCAUAGGCGUCGGAUCAGUUCGUUCGUUGAUAUCGUUCAAUAUCUCUACAGAAAGAUUCGACGAGUUCCCGAUUCCCGAUUCCCGAUUCCCGAUUCCCGAUUCCGUCCCUCCGAUCAAACCCUGUGGGGCUCUAGGAGUGUUCAAGUGA